AUGGCUCUGAUCCUCCACUCACCCCCAAAUAACAAGAAUGCUAUCAAGUCUCUCAUCGCGGCAGAGUACGCUGGCGUCCAACUGGAAUUGGCCCCUAAUUUCGAGAUGCUUGUCUCCAAUAGAACUCCUGAGUUCCUCAAGAUGAAUCCUAUUGGAAAGGUUCCUGUGUUGGAAACCCCUGAUGGUCCAAUCUUUGAAAGCAAUGCUAUUGCUCGUUAUGUUGCUCGACUCAAGGGUGACAACGUAUUGUACCUCUCUACUCCCAUUGAUAACGCCCGCAUUGAACAGUGGAUUGAUUUUUCAUCUUUCGAGAUCGAUAACAAUGUUCUGAAAUUGUACCUACCAAGACUUGGAUAUAUGCCAUACCAUCAACCUAUCGAGGAGGCUGCAAACUCUUCGUUGAAGAAAGCAUUCCAGGCCUUGAACACUCACCUUGCCUCUAACACUUACCUUGUUGGGCAUUCCGUUACCCUUGCUGACAUCAUAACAACAUGCAACUUGUACUUAGGUUUCACCCAGAUCUUAGUCAAGAGCUUCACUUCGGAGUUCCCUCAUGUUGAGAGAUACUUCUGGACCUUGGUCAACCAGCCUAAUUUCCGAAAGACAUUAGGUCAGGUUAAGCAAAUAGAAACUAUUCCACCUAUUCCAUCUGCGAAGAAGCCUUCCCAGCCCAAGGAGUCUAAGCCCAAACCUAAGGAUGAGCCGAAGAAAGUGGCUAAGCCGGAGCCAGAAAAGCUUAAAGAAGCGGAAGAGGAGGCACCCAAGCCCAAGCCCAAAAAUCCUCUUGAUCUUCUUCCUCCAAGCACGAUGAUAUUGGAUGAGUGGAAAAGACUCUACUCAAACACUAAGACCAACUUCCGAGAGGUUGCAAUCAAAGGAUUCUGGGACAUGUAUGAUCCAGAGGGAUAUUCUCUCUGGUUCUGUGAUUACAAAUACAAUGAUGAGAACACUGUUUCCUUUGUGACGCUAAACAAGGUUGGUGGAUUUCUUCAGAGGAUGGAUCUGGCUCGCAAGUAUGCUUUUGGAAAGAUGCUUGUGAUUGGAUCACAGGCACCAUUUAAGGUGAAGGGGUUGUGGCUUUUCCGCGGGCAAGAGAUUCCGCAAUUUGUGAUUGAUGAAUGCUAUGAUAUGGAGCUGUACGAGUGGACAAAGGUUGAUAUCUAUGAUGAAAAUCAGAAAGAGCGGGUCAAUCAGAUGAUUGAGGAUUAUGAACCAUUUGAGGGAGAAUCUCUUUUGGAUGCCAAAUGCUUUAAGUGA